CAAAAUUUUCCAAGUAUAGCUAAAAGGGACACCCACUAGGUAGCGCUACACUCGUGCAGAAGAUCCCAAAUAUUCUAAAUUCUAAAGAUGCCAAACAUAAAGCUACAGAGUUCAGAUGGAGAGGUGUUUGAGGUGGAUGUAGAGAUAGCCAAACAAUCUGUCACCAUAAAAACUAUGUUGGAAGAUCUGGGUAUGGAUGAAGAUGAAGAAGAAGCUGUGCCUCUUCCAAAUGUUAAUGCAGCAAUACUGAAAAAGGUAAUACAAUGGUGCACAUACCACAAGGAUGACCCACCACCGCCCGAGGACGAUGAGAACAAGGAGAAAAGAACAGAUGAUAUCUGCUCAUGGGAUGCUGAAUUCCUUAAAGUUGAUCAGGGAACACUCUUUGAACUUAUCCUCGCAGCAAAUUACCUAGAUAUCAAAGGUUUGUUAGAUGUAACAUGUAAAACUGUUGCCAACAUGAUCAAGGGAAAGUCACCCGAGGAGAUUAGGAAAACAUUCAAUAUCAAAAAUGACUUUACUCCAGCGGAAGAAGAACAGGUGCGUAAGGAGAACGAGUGGUGUGAGGAGAAAUGAGCAUUCUGUGAUCUUGACAAUUGUUUAUACAAACUUGUAGUGUCAGUUACUAUGAUAUAUUAUCCAGUGUGUAAAGUGAUACAAUCACUUUAACGUCCAUGUCACCGUCUCCACAACAACAACUCAAGACACAGCGGAAGCCAUAUUGUGAUUGAAGUUUACGUUUUUUUCUCGAUGCAGCUGUUGUAAAAUGGAAAUUGAUUUGACUGUAGAUUUUGAUAAAGAAAAUUGGGAUUUAGAGUGGCCUGUUUGUACAGACAUGAAAAGGAAACUAUCACAACCAGUAACU